ACCGGCUGCAACCGGUUGCAAGUCGGGUUUGUGGAUUAGAUUCCCCGUAAGUACGCCAAAAUCCCAAUCAAAGAUACUUUCCUUCCCGUACGGAUAAAGCCAACAAGGGCAAAAAAAGUUGAGCUACCAGUAACGUUGAAGAAACCUCGCAAGUCUCUCCGAUCUCCUCGCAAGUCUCUCCGAUCUUCUCGCAGGAAGCAUGGAUAUGAAAGUUUGCUUAAUUAUUUUAGUUAUAGGUGCAAGAUGUAGUGCAAGAGAUUUAUCAGCUCCUGACCUUAGUACAGAAAUCAUACAUAUUACAGAGAAAGAUGUUCAAGCUGUUAAACAAGCCAGCAGAAGUGAUAUAGUUUGCACACUAUGUGAAGAAUUUACAGCGGAGGCUAUCACUUACCUACAGAGUAACAAGACCCAAGAAGAGAUUAUUAAUCUCCUUCUUAAGUCUUGCCCGAAGAUGCGUGUGUAUGAGCAGCAGUGCAUCACAUUGGUGAAUUACUAUGGACCUCUUCUAUUCUUAGAAGUCUCCACAAUAGAGCCUGAACAGUUCUGUCAAAAGGCAGCCAUGUGUCAAAAAGUCACCCUUCUUUCUCAGCAGUUUUCUAACAACUGCAAUUUGUGCCAUCAAGCUGUUUCUGAGGUCUUAUUGAAGUUGAAAGAUCCAGACACUCAGCUAGAAGUACUUGAACUGCUCCUAAAGGCGUGUGAUUCUGCAAAGAACUAUUCCAAAAAGUGUAAGCAACUUGUUUUCGAAUAUGCCCCAGUCAUUCUCGUCAAUGCCGAGCAAUAUCUAGAAGCAAAUGACAUAUGCUCUGUGAUCCAUGCAUGCGAUGGAGCAAACCAGGAGACUGAUGCUUUGCUGCACUCUGAGUCGUAAGAAAACAGAGUUUGUCCAUACCAUAACUACGUUGUUGUAAACUAUUUAUUUGUCCAUUUUAUUUCUUUCUGGUGUUGUGUAGAAUGCGAAUAAGAUUUAUAUUCUGUGUAUAAGUGUUCAUUAUAGUAAAUCUGUAUGUAAAAUGCAAAUAUACUUCUUGUUUACGGUUAUGUUCUAUUUGACUUAUCUUCGAACUUAUUACAAAUUAGGGAUUACGUAGUAUUAUUUUGACAGGAA